AUAUUGAACACCAUAAAUGCUAGUCCUACCCAGAAUGUCCCUUAGAGGCAUCAAAGGAGGUUACUCGAGAUUUUUUAGAGCUCUAUCUCAGACUGUCAAGACUUCUCAAAACUCUCCAGAAGAAGUAGCACCUAAUUUUCCUCUCAGAGAUCUGAACAGGUUUGAUGGUUACCAUAAAAUUAAAUCUGAUAAGGCAUGGCAAAAGAGAAUCAUCAAACGAGAACAAGAUAUUUAUAAGAACUGGAGACAGCUUCUGCAUCCUCAGUUCUCUGCCUGGAAGAGAGAUAUUUUCAAGAGGACUGAGUCUGCAGUGAACAGCAUCCCUGAACAAUAUGGAGAUUAUUUCUAUUUCUCUGAGAGUCAAAGGUAUCAAGGAAGUGAACCCUACACUGUGUUCUACCGCUUGCAUGUAAAAACUGGCGAGCGAGAAAAAGUCCUUGAUCUUAAGGAUAUUCCUAAUAUCACAGACCCAUCUUCUGUUAUUUUUGAUAAGAUUAAAAUAUCUGAUGAUCAUACUAAACUCGCUUUCACAGUAGAUCUUGAGAAUAAUGAGAGAUUCAGUACUGGAAUUAUAGACAUCUUCUCAUCUAAUUUAAUCAAUUGGGUAGAUAAUGCGUGCCAAGCUGAGUUUGACUCAACAGGAGAUUUCCUAUAUUAUUGAAUUGCUGAUUCCCUUAACAGACCAUAUAAAAUUAUGAAGAGAAACCUCAAAUCAAAGUUUUUAAAAGAUAAAGUAAUUGUUGAAGAUCAUGAUGAUACUCAUUACCUUGAAAUUGGACUUUCAAAAGACAAGAAGUACUUUAUCUACACCGAUGGUCAAGGAUCAUCGACUGUAAUUUCAAGGCAGGAGUCAUCAGAAGAUGCUCUAAUCAGUCUGGCAGAAGGAGCAACAGGGAAUCGACUCUUUGUUGACCAUAUCAGGGAUUACUUUCUCUUGAUAAAUUACUCGGCAGAUACCCAAGAAGGAGUCAAGAUCUAUAAGCUCAAAGAUGAAGACAUGGAUAAAGGACCCUCUGCAUGGCAGACCUUUAUAGAACCCCCACAGGAGCAAUCAAUUGAGGACUUUGAUGCCUUCCAUGACUUUAUCGCUGUGUAUCUCUCGAAUGGCAUGGAAUCUAACUGUGAAAUAUUAAUUUUGGACCUUAACACAAAAGAGAUUAAUACUAUUAAUGUUGAUGAUAGUAUUGGAGAGAUUACACCUGCAAUAAAUCAGAAUUACAAUGAAAGUAGGCUCAGAUUUACUUUCACUUCUCCCUUGGUCUACGAUGACUUGUACGAGUACGACCACAAAACUAAAGAUGUAAGAUUACUUCAAAGCAAUCAACUGAGAGGGCCUGAAAUAGUGAAGAAACGUUUCGUUACGAAGAGGGUUGAGGUCCCUGCUCAUGAUGGAGAAAGUAUUCCAAUGACAGUUAUACAUUCAAGUGAUAUCAGAUUUGAUAGAACAAAUAAAACUAUCAUUAAUGGAUAUGGAGCUUAUGGACUUAAUCUUGACCUUGGCUUUAAUAUUGGAAAUAUUACAGCUGCUGAGAAAGGCUGGGUUGUUGCCAUGGCUCAUGUGAGAGGAGGAAGCGACAAAGGACCUAACUGGCAUCUAGAUGGGAAGUUAAUGAACAAAAUGAACAGUAUUUAUGACUUCUUAUCUUGUACUGAGUAUUUAAUUGCAAAAGGAUACACCCAUCCUAAUCUCCUUGCAGCAAGAGGAGAAAGUGCAGGAGGAAUGCUUGUAGCUCAUGCUUUGAAUCUUAGACCAGAAUACUAUAGAGCAGCUAUUUUAAAAGUUCCAUUCUUGGAUGUAGUAAACACUCUAAAAGAUACUUCUCUUCCAUUGACACUGACAGAUUACUUAGAAUUUGGUAACCCUUUUGAGGAUGAAGAGUUAUUCAAGCUAAUAUCGUCCUACUCCCCAUAUGAGAAUCUUAAGAAAGUGGAAUACCCAGGGAUUUAUUUAGAUAUCUCGAUUGAUGACCCCCGAGUUCCAUCAUGGGGCUCCCUAAAGUACUUAGAAAAACUGAGGGAUAUAUCUUUGACUCCGCUUAGAAUCCCAGAUUUCGGCAACAAGAACAUUUUCACAUCAAUUUCCUCAGAACAGGGUCAUUUCGGUUCAACUAGUAACACAGAAAAUCUUGAGAAGCUAGUCCUAGAGUAUGCUUUCCUUGACUUCAUGAUGUUUGAGAAGGAGAUUAAGAGCACCUAAUGUGCCGAAGGUAUACAAAAUCUUCAAUUUUGGCUAAAACACCGUCAAAUUACAU